AUGGGUGUCCAGUUCUCGCAGAUCAUCCCUCCCAGCGCACCACUAACCGAAGCGAACGUUCCUUCCCAGAAGGGAAAGACGUUCAUCGGCACCGGCGGCUACAGCGGCGUCGGCCUCGAGCUAUCGCGCCUCCUUUACAACGCUGGCGGCCAUGUCUACAUCGCCGGGCGCAACCAGGCCAGCGCCGAGAAGGCUAUCGAGGAAAUCAUGUCCACGAGCAAAGUUCCCACAUCAGAGCAAGGCAGACUGGAAUUCCUACUUCUGGACCUCGGAGAUCUCAGCUCGAUCAAAGCAUCCGCUGAUCAGCUUGUGAAGAAGGGUGUUGCCGUUGAUGUGCUGUUCAACAACGCUGGGAGGGGCAAUGUAGCGCCGAACUCGUUCUCGGCGCAGGGUCUUGAGGUGCAAGUGGCGACGAAUGUGCUUGGGGCCUACCUUUUCACGAAGCUGCUCGAGCCGUGUCUGACGGCUGAUCGCAAUGCUGAUGCAUCUCCGGCUCGUGUAAUCUGGACGGCGUCGCAGAUCGUGGAUCUCCUCGUUCCAGCCGGCGGCCACAUCAUGGCGCACCUGACCUCACCUGUGGAAGAGCAGAUGAAGGACCUCAAUGCAUGCUACACGAUGUCCAAGCUGGGGAACUGGUACCUCGCAACGGAGUAUGGGCGACGACACAAUAGCAGUUCGGACAACGCGGUGUUCUCUAUUGCACAAAACCCAGGAGGCCUACGCUCCAACUUCUUCCGCGCGUAUACGGCUCUAUAUGCCGGGCUCUCGCAGGAGUUGAGUAUCGAGCGGCACCAAGGCGUGUAUGUGAUUCCGUGGGGAAGGAUACAUCCUGCGCCCAGGGAGGAUCUGCUGGCGGCAGUGAAGAGCGAGGCGGAAGGAGGGACUGGUGAAGCAGCAAAGCUUUGGGACUGGUGUGAGGAAAUGACCAAGCAGUAUCAAUGA